CUUGUGUUUGGACCCCCGAUAUCUCACCUCAUGGCGGCUAGCUCGGCACAGAUACCAGCGAGCGAUCUCGGGCCUGAGCACUUUGUCGCUCUGGAACAAGCCAUAUUGAAUGUUCUAUCUACAAGGCUUGCCUUCGAAACGUUUGCGCAGGUUGUCGAUGGCAUACCCACCCGUGACGCUUACUUUGAAUACUAUUUACCCACGCCACGACCAGAGUAUUCUCAGAAUCUGAUGCCAAGUGACAAGGCGAGAGAAAUUGUCUGGGAAUAUCUUCGGCGCUUCCAUGUUGGCGGUGUAACGUUUCCCGUCGAUCGUGCACAAGCAUACCAGGAUGCCUCUCUCGUGUCAAGUAGUUUCAAGCUGCGCAUGUUCGAACUGGUUGCAAUUGCCUGUCAUAAUAUCGCAGCAGAACUAUACACCAAGGCAGGAGGAGGUCUCAGAAAGCCAGCCUGUCCUCCACCACCACCGCCUAGCAGCCAUCCGCUAAUUCGGCCCGCCCCACCAAAUAUAGCUGAGCUAUUUCACGAUGAGUACGAGGAAUGGAGGCAGUAUCCAAACGGUGUUGCAGAUGUCGUUGGGUACUGGGCCGAGUAUCGUCUAUUCGGCGGCGUCGUUCUAUUUGAUCGCGGCACCACCGGUCAGGAGUGCAAGAGCGCCUAUAUCCACCCCAUCAAAGGGCGCAAGAUAUUUCAGCUUUCCGCCCAGCAGAUCGAGGGGUUUACCGGGUUUGCCCUCUCGAAACAUCCGCCCAACCAUCUAGUCUCGUAUGAUACGCGAUUUUUCCCUGAGCGCUCCGCCCGGCGCGUCGACCCGGUUGAUUCCAUGGCCCUACUCAUAUACCGUGACGUUUAUGAGCGGAAACCUCCUGCUCCUGGGCGGCGACGAUGCGUGCUCUAUCCAGAAGAUGAUCCUGGGUUAUUUGACCAAAUUCAGAGACUUGCUUCCGGAUAAAAAAAAAAUUCACGACGCUCUGCUGGACUAAUACCACACGGUGUGUGGUUAUUUUAAGGUAAUUUAAAUGCUUUGCUUUGCUUGUCUCUGGCGAUACUAUUUCCACCGGCAGUCGUGUCGAGCGAAGAGGUUCUAAAUUCAUCAUUGGUAUAAACCUGACGAAUGGAUUCGUUGUUCAGCCGUACGCUAUGGUCGAACUCCAGAAUGAAAACAAGAAAGAAAGGGGAAAGGGGAAAGGGGAAAACUACGUCCAGGUCGGGAAGAGACGACCCGGUUUAGUUUCUGAUUCAAAUUGCCUUGCCCCGGUACGAUAUCGAUCAACGAGGAAUUAUUUUUUUAUGAGGCUGGUUUCUCAAACAAGUCCUCCCUUGGAAACUCCCACAUGGUCCCUUUUAUCAUGGAUAUAUAGAUAUAUAUAUAUCUAGUGGAUAAGCGGAAACGAAAGGAUCUUAGAGCCGGCUUAAGGCUGAGAACAUGAAUAAAUGAAUGAAUCAAGCUUGCGGAGAGGGUUUUGAUUUUGAUUUUACUUUAUUGUAUUGUAUUUUACUUCCACUUUACUUCUACUUUAACCAAUUGAUAAAUUAAAUUAUUUUGAGAAAGUU